AUGGCCUAUCUAGUCAAAGAGAUAGAAUUGAAUUCUUUAUCGACACUAUCUUCAUCCAGGAAGAUUCACUUCCCUUCAAGUGCUGCUGAGGUGAGGUCCAAUGGCGUCUACUCUGAUAUUCACCGCGGUUAUUUGGCACUCUUUCAACGCGAGAGAGGUGAAAAAAGGAAAGGAAGCCUAGCUAGGCUUUUUGCCCACCAUCCAGAUUACCAAGUCGUUCUCCACCAAGUGAAGCCUAACGGUGAAGAAAUAACAUUUGUCGUUUAUGAGUCUUCAACGGAGUCAAAAGCACAAGAGGCUUUUGAAGAAUUGCAAAAAACCUUGUCUCCUCUAUUACAAGAUGGCUCAGUUGUUCUAACUGAGCCCCUUGUACAUUUGGCUGUACUUCCUCGCCCUCGUGAUCCAUGUCACUUGAGCAUUGAGCUUGUUGAGCUCAUGGAAAAGAAACCGGACUCGCACCCAGAGUGGUCUAAAGUCAUGCAAGCCCUCCUUCACAUAGUAUGCUAUAGAGAGGACCGUGCAAAAGUUGAGAUACUCGUUAAAAAAGGAGGCGACCUAAAUAAGCAAAACAAUUUUGGUCUGACGCCUCUCAAAUCAGCUUCACUCUCAGUUUCAACUGAAGGCAUGAAGUGGCUGGACAGCAUUGCAAAAACCAUGGAAAAGUCUUUGGGAUUGUCGCACUCGCCCAAAAAAGCUGCAUUAAGCACACUAAUUCAAUCCUCAACCGCUCCUCUUGCUUUUGCAGUUCCAGAACAUAUGCAGUCCCAAAAACUUGCUGAUGAUGAACAUUCAGCAAGAAUAUGGCAAGACAUGAAAGAGAGACAAAACUUGUCAGCACGUAGGGGCCUUAAGAAGCAGGAGACAAAAGAGAACAUUCCAGCCAUUAAUGAUGGCCACGUUGAUAUGUUUAACGAGAAUGGCAUGACCACACUAAUGAUGUCGGUUGAGAAAGGCUACAUUAAAAGUAGCUUGUAUCUUCUUUUUGCUGGGGCCAGUCCUAAUUGUCAUCACAAGUCCACAGGGAACACGUCGCUUCAUCUUGCUGUCAUUUCAAGUCACGUCCAGCUAGUUAAACUAUUAUUAGUGUUUGAUGCUAAUCCAAUGGUCAAGAAUGCCCACAAUCAAACGCCACUUGAUAUUGCAAUGACAGAGCUCCCAGAUAAAGAUCAUAAUACCAAAAUCAUUAUUGAUGAGCUCAAAGACAUGAUGCGUCUUCACAAAGAGACUGAGCAGUAUUUCAUAGAACACAGUACUCAUCAAAUAACCCAUCGCAAAACACAAGGAGUAUACCUUCUCAGUAUGGAUGGAGGUGGAAUACGAUCCUUUAAUACUUUGCUAAUGUUGAGGGCAAUCGAAAAGAGGAUGAUGCAACUCCAGCCGUCUUGUAAACCAAUACAGUCAUAUUUCGAUUACAUUGCAGGCACGAGCUCUGGUGGUAUCUGCUCCCUCGUCCUGGGCUAUACUGAUGCUACUAUUGAGGGUGGGAUGGCACUUGUUUACAAGAUUGUCACAGAUGUCUUUGACAGGCCCUUAGAUGAAAGAAGCGAUAGAAUAAAGCAGUAUCUGCAAGAUGCUGUUGGUGAAGAUACAGUAAUGUCAGAUUUGGAUAAAGAUCAACGCAUUAUCAUCACUUCGACUCUAGCAAACAAAGACCCAUGGAAACUUCACCUCAUCACUAAUUACGGGGAACCACGUGACGAUCAGAAGGGACCAAAUGAGAGGAAGGUAUGGGAAGCAGGUCGAAUAACAAGUGCUGCUCCAAAGUACUUUCCUGCAUUUGAGAGGCAAUUUCUUGAUGGUGGACUCAUUGCAAAUAAUCCUACUGCAGAUGCUAUGGUAGAAAUUUUUGAGCAAGGAAAGAGAGAGAAUAGCAACGUAAAAAUUGACUUUGUACUCUCUGUGGGAACUGGAAUCACGCCAGAAACGCCAGUUGACGUUGUUGAUGUCUUCUUCUCUGGACUAAACAUUGAUUUUCUUAAAAGCAUACCUGAUAUCAUUAAGAGCGUUUCAAGCCUCUACAACUUGUUUGUUUCCGAGAUAACGCAGUCAAAUGGACACCAAGCCUUGCGUGCUAAAGCUUGGUGUGAGAGUAUUGGCUCUACAUACCAUCGCCUCUCCCCUCCUCUCUCUGAUGACAUUGACCCCUCAACUGUUGACAUGGACAUUAUUAUUAACAUGAAGUAUCAAACCAAGAAGUACAUACUUCAAAUGCCUAAUAACAUUGACUCCAUUGCACAUUCAUUGCUCUCAAAAUAG